CGCGUCGAGAGGAGGGUACCCGCCGCGCGUCACGUCGUUGGCAGCGUUGGAUUUACGCGCCGAUCGAGGGAGAUGAUGAGCCGAUAUCCCGAGACGAAACGACUGGCCGAUUGUCGCACACCGGGCCUAGUUCGACGCUGUGUUAAAACAGUGAUGUAGGUGGACGAGCAGUAUGUCGACCAACGCAACGCCAGAAGCACAGAGCGGUGACGAUUGCCUGCCCACCACCAAUCGAGAUUCGCCCAUUUCCAGCGGAACCGGGAGCAUGCGCGGCUGCAACCACGGCAACAGGACCAGCGACAGCAGCGACGAGUCUCACAUCUACGAGGACAUCGGCGACAGCCAGGGACCGCCUAAACUGGCGCCCAUCAGCGGCGUCUUGGGCUCCAAGGACAGGUCGGUGGUUCGUCCGGUGGCCUUCAAGCCGGUGGUGUCCACUCCGUCGGUGCGCUACGCCACUCCGGCGCCCAGGAUGGGUUCUUCGGCCCAGCCCAGCCCCUACAGCAGCGUGUCGUACCCCCUGGAGGACGACCACCGGUCGCUGACGUACUCGGUGGACAGUUGCAUCAAGAUCUCGGACCUGUUCCAAGGCCAGGUGACGGGCGGGGGUUCCGGCUUUCAACUGGACGACUUCACCCAGACGCCGUCGCCCAGCGACAGCGGCAUCGCCGAGCUGGAGGCUAUGCUGAGAGAGAAGGAUUCUGAAAUCUCUUACCUGCGAGAGACCCUGGAGCAGAACGAGCAGGUGAUAUUCAAGGUGUACGAGGAGAAGGAGCAGAGUUGGCAGAGGGAACUCAAGAGACUCAAGGCGGUGUACGAGAACAAGCUGAGAGCCUGCCAGCAGAGAAUGGCCAAGGCCGAGCAGAUGGUCAGCGUUCAAAAUUAUCAGAUUCAGCAAGAGAAGAGGAAACUUCAAGUGGAACUGGACGAGAGCAAGAAGGAAAAGGAGGCGUCGGGGGAGCAGAUAGAAAGACUACGACAGGAACUGGCUAUUGUCAAGGCGCAGUUGGAGGAGACGGAAUGGUCUCUGUGUCAAAAAACGGGUGAAGUGUCGCUGUUGAAGUCGCAACUAAAGGAUUCUCAGGGCGACCAGACGUCUCGCGUGGCGGAAAUGCUGACGCUGAAGUCCCAGCUGAGGGAGACGAGACAGUUGCUGGAGGAGAAGGAGAAGCGGGAGGCGGAACUGGAGGAGAGACUCCUCCAGGCCCAGCAACAGCUGGAGCAGGCCUUGCAGAACUUUCAGCUGCAGAGUCGCGAGAUCCAGUUGGACAGAGAGGGGAGGUGCGGCGCCGUGGGCCAGAUGAAACAGGAGGUGGACAGGCUGCGAAACGAGCUGGCCACCGUGGGCAGGGAGUACGAACUGGCGCGGGAGAACAUCGAAAUGGAGAGGAUUCAGUGGAUGGAGGAGAAGGAGAAAGUCAUCCGCUACCAGAAACUGCUCCAGCUCAAUUACAUUCAGAUGUACAAAAGGAACAAGACUCUGGAGAGCGAAGUGGAACAACUCAGUCUGGAACUGGAACUGGAAGGCAGGGACGCCAAAUCGCUGGCCAACGGCGAGUCCCACUGUUGACGUCCGAGGCGGACUGGGCCAAAAAACGCCAAUAUCUGUGAUACAAAACACCGUAAACUAGGAACGGUCUACGCGGUUGUGCCUCUGUGAUUUUUUAAUGCGCCCGCCUCGACUUUUAUGUCAACCUUCAAAUGCACAAAAAGGGUCCGGAGGCAUCGCCGACCGGGCGCAAAACCCUAAAACUUCGCCUCGCGGCCACAACAAUUCGUGCCAAAGUCCGCUGUCGGCGCGGGAACUGGUUUUUAUACUGUUAAUUACGCAAUCUUCAAUAAAGGUAAUUGAAAUAUCCAAG